AUGGAAACAGGCAAGUUAAGAUGGGUUCGACAAAGACAAAAGGAACUUCGAGCUGAACUGUAUCAAGGCUUGCAAGAUGCUUUGCACACAGGAGAGAAUAAUGCUGAAAAUGUUGGCAGAAGAACGAUAUUACCAUCGUCGUUCGUGGGCAGUCGUCGAGACAUGACUCAACGUUUGGUCCGAGCGGAAAUACCAUGUAAAGAAACAGAACCCCACUUACAUGAGGCAGUGCUAAGGAAUAUGGUCCAUGGUCCUUGCGGAACACUAAAUCAAUCUUCACCGUGCAUGAAGAACGGUCAAUGUAAACGCAACUACCCAAAAGAGUUCGUACCCGAGACACGACGAGGUGAUGACUCAUAUCCUCAAUAUAGGAAGCGAUUUGAUACUCCAAUCCCUAUAAACCAAAAUGUCACAAUUGACAAUAGAUGGGUGGUUCCGUACAACCCUUGGCUACUACUAAAGUAUGAUUGUCAUAUCAAUGUAGAGAUAUGUAGCAGUAUCAAGAGCAUAAAAUAUCUAUACAAGUAUUGCUAUAAGGGACCAGACCGUGUGGCAAUGGAGGUUCACAGAAGUUCUCAUUAUGAUGAGGUGCAACAGUUCAUUGAUGCAAGAUGGAUUGCCGCUCUAGAGGCAUGUUGGAGGAUAUUUAGAUUCAACCUUUACCGAAUGUAUCCAUCAGUUGAAAGGUUGCAAGUUCAUUUGCCAAAUCAACAUCAAGUGAGCUUUUAUGAGCACCAAACUAUUUCUGAAAUAGUUAAUAAUGACUAUUUCUCAAGAACAAUGCUCACUGAAUUUUUUGCACUUAAUCGGGCCGAUGACCAACAAUCUAGGCAUCUUUUGUACAGGGAAAUCCCAGAAUAUUACAGUUGGCACAGCAAGGAAAAAGAAUGGCAUCGACGCAGGACACAAAAGAGAGCUAUUGGUCGGAUCUAUACCGUUUCGCCAACAGAAGGUGAAAAAUUCUAUUUGCGUAUUCUGUUGUCAAAUGUAAGAGGCCCAACUGGUUGGGAUGAUUUGCUAACAGUCGAUGGUGUCCAAUAUUCGUCCUUUAAGCAAUCCGCUCAGCAUCGAGGACUGUUGGAGAGUAAUAGUAGUAUAAGAUCAUGUUUGGUUGAGGCAUCCAUUUUAAGAAUGCCAUGUGCUCUAAGAAGGUUGUUUGCCACCAUUCUAAUUUUUUGUGAGCCAACAGAUGUAAGAAGUCUGUGGGACGAGUUUCUUUCAUGUAUGGUGGAUGAUUACGCAUCAACAAGCACUACAACCUGUAAUGGGUUGACAAAUCGUUUGCUUAGGGAUUUAAAUGACAUCCUCCUACAACAUGGAAAACAUAUUGCACAAUACGAUUUACCAGCUCUAACCUCAGAUAACGACAACGACAACUUCAUGUCUAGAAUUAUUCAAGAAGAAAUGUCCAUCGAAGUUCCUCAAGAAGACCUGUGUUCUAUAGAAAGAUUGAAUCAUGACCAGUCUGCAGCUUUCAGGUGCAUUAUGAAUACAAUUGAUCGAAGAGAAAGUGGAGUGUUCUUCGUGGAUGGACCAGGAGGAGCAGGUAAGACAUUUCUUUACAGAGCUAUAAUUGCAGACUUAAGAAGUAAAGGGCAUAUUGUCUUGGUAACUGCGUCCUCAGAAAUAGCUGCAACUUUACUGCCUGGUGGUCGAACAGCUCAUUCUAGAUUUAAGAUCCCAAUCAAUGCAGAGCCAUCCUCCACGUGCAAUAUAAGUAAACAAUCUGAUCUUGCAAAACUGAUUAGGCAGACGACCGCGAUAAUUUGGGAUGAAGUGCCAUUGACUAAUAAAGAGACAAUGGAAUCACUGGACCGCACAUUACGAGACAUCUUAGAAAACAAUAAUCCAUUUGGAGGGAAGGUGAUGGUUAUGGGAGGGAAUUUUUGCCAAGUACUACCUGUUGUGCCGAAAGGAAGUAAGUCGCAAAUGAUUUCAGCUUCUAUUGUUAAAUCACAUUUGUGGGCAUUCACCAAAAUUUUCCACCUGCGACAAAAUAUGCGAUCUCUUAAUGAUCGUGAUUUUGCGGAGUAUCUUAUGCGCAUAGGGGAUGGGAUUGAGCCUACCAUAUGUGAAGACUUGGUACAAAUAGAAGUAGGCAUGGCAAUACCAUGGGAAGGUGAGGCAUCAUUACACAAAUUAAUAGAAGAAACCUUUCCAAUUUUACAAUCUCAUGGGUGGGAUGCAUCUUAUAUGGUGGAGAGAGCGAUAUUGACACCCAAGAAUCAUGAUGUGCAACAGCUUAAUGAUAUUUUCAUCAACCAAUUUCCGGGAGACGAACGAAUUUUAGCAUCCUUUGAUGAAGUAGAAGGAGAUACAAAUAAUCUGUAUCAACAAGAAUAUCUUAACUCGAUCUCUACAGGUGGAUUUCCACCUCAUAUGUUGAAGGAAACAGGAUUUCAAUCGUUAUGGAAUACAUGGAAGGAUGAGCAAUCAAUUGCAUCAAUGAGACCAAUCGACAAUAAAGUUCAUCCAAUCAAAAUUUAUUCUAUUGGUUGGGGAGGUACAGUUAAAGCAGACAAAACUCAACUAUGGAAGAUGGAGCCAAGGUCUCAAGAAUCAAGCUUCAUCGCUUGGAGCAAAGCUCCAAUGGCGAACAACUUGGGCACAACCACAGUUACCUACACUUUAACAGAAGAUUGUUGUGAGCGGCCCCAAGAUUCCAACAAAGACAAUGUUGAUCGAGUGGUGACUCCAAAAGAGGAAACUAAAUGGAAUGAUGAUGACAAAAAGAAAGUGGAGCUGAACGCUAAAGCCAUCAACCUUCUACACUGUGCUAUCAGUUUUGAGGAGAGACUUAGAAGGCUAAUGAAGAACAAAGGCAAGUAUAAGGGCUCAAGCUCAAAGGAGUACAAUAAGGACAUGAGCAAAGUGAUUUGCCACAACUGCAAGGAGGCUAGACAUUUCAAAUACAACUGUCCGAAACUCAAGAAGGAAGACAAAGGAAAGAAAGAAAAGAAAAGAGUGCUCAUGGCAUCUUGGGAGGAUCUUGAAAAUGAUUCAGAUGAGGAAGAAGACUCCGAAUGUGAAGCUCAAAUCUGCUUCAUGGCUGGUGAGGAUCAACUUGAUGAGGGCAAAGAAGGAGAAUCCAAAAAUCAAGAGAAAGAAAUUUCUGGGCCAUCUAAAUCUGAUAAAGCUGCUGCAGGAGAUUCUGCAGGAGAUAAUUCUGUUUUGUCUCAUGAAUUUGGCAAAAUUUUUGACAGUACAACUUCUUUGGAUCCUACAAUGACUGAAACUGCUCCUAAGUCUACAAGAUCCCAUGAGUGGAGAUUCUUAAAGAAUUAUCCACAGAAAUUUGUCAUUGGAGAUGUUUCUUAA